CACUGCGGCUUCCUUCGAGACUCUCUCGACGUUAACAUACACGAUUUGUGGAUAUGGUCUCCAAUUUAAAGUAUAAAGUGGUAGUAAUAGGUAUCGGAGGAGCAAGCUGCUCUGGCAAGACCUUGCUUGCCAAGCACAUCCGCCGAGCGCUACCUACAGACGCUGCUAUCAUCCAUCAGGACGACCUUUGUCCUCCUGCAGAGGAAGUCCCAUAUUCGAAACAAUACCCAGAUCUCCAAGACUGGGAUGAUCCCGAAACUUGCAUCUUAUGGUCCGAAUUCCGCGCUUUGCUUCGGCAAGUGCGCGAAACGGGUCGUGUAGGAGACCAUGAUACACACGACCAUCUCAAUAAGGAGAAUAAGAUUGAAGUGAAUGAGCAGAUCUUUGAGCGAUGGCAGCGGAAAUUUGAGGAGUUGACAAAACAGCAGAGGGAGCAAGGUGUGGAGUUGAUUUGGGUCAUUGUGGAUGGUUUCGUGCUGUAUUAUGACAAGGAUGUUGUGGAUAUGCUGGAUAUCCGUAUCUUCCUUCGCGUUCCCCACGAUGUCCUUAAAGACCGAAGAGAGGAACGCCAAGUCUACGUCCUUCAACAUCCUGACGAUGCUGCAGAAGGAGGGGUCUGGAUUGACCCGCCGGAAUAUUUCAACAAGAUUGUUUGGCCGGGGUAUCUCAAGGCACAUGCGCAUGUAUUUGAGGAUCCUGCGGUCGGGGAGCUGAAGCAGGAAUGGGGGCCAAAGGGGAGGGAUUUACAUGUCAUUAGACCAGGAGAGGGGGAGGAAGGGAUGACCGAGGCCUUUGACAAGAGUUGUGAGGCAAUUGUGGAUGGUGUAAAGAAAGGAAGAGGGAUAUACCUCGCUUAAUAUUCAUCCUCUGACGCAUAAUAUUGUAGACCAUCGUGAUGUAUAGAUUUUUUCAAUCUGU